AGUUAAUGUGAAUUUCGAUUAUUUCGCGAAUUAUAGAUUGUGUUCCUUAUAACUUUUUUCUUUCACGUUUAAAUGUAUGAAAAUUGACAUUUUUACGCGAAUAACGGUUUCUGACAGUUGAAAUUUACAUUUAAUCAUUUCAAAGUCACGUUUUAAAAAAAAAAAUGUCAAAGAAACAAAGCGAUAGACAGUCAGUUCCUCGUUUGCCUACGAGUAGCAGUGUUUUCAGUAGAAAAACUAGAAAAACUCGGAAAAUCAAAAUCGAUAAUGAGAGAGUUGAUAGAUCCUCGUAUUAUAUAGCCAAAGAACCAAAUUCUCGAAAAGGAAUCUUGGAAAAGUUUUUGGAAACCUUAUUAGAAGACAAAAUACAAACACGUUUUCCUAUAGUGAGAACGACAGAAUGCAAAUUUGCCGAUAGCCUUGAAUCUCUUAUUGAAAUAACUUGUAUUGCUAAAGAUUUUCGAAAAAUUCAAGAAGUCGAUCUGCAGUCUGAAAUAAUAAGAGUCGAUGGUUCCAAAUUCCUUUUGAAUAAUUCGAGUCGGCAAUAUUUCAAAUCGUCGAUAUAUACCGGUUUGAGCUUGGUUCAAGAGACAAACGAAACUACUUCGGAAAAAAUACCUGACGAGUCACAAAGUGUGGAAACAGUAAAAACUACGACUCAGUCAACGAUAAUGGCACCUCCAGUGGUUGAAAAAUUGGAAAAAAUAAUUUUCCACAAUGGUAAUAUAUACGAAGGUCCAACAAAUGAAUAUUUGAUGCACGGAAAUGGAAAAUUCGUUUGGAGUGAUAACACAAUAUAUAAUGGGGAAUUUAAAGAUGGUUUCAUAACGGGAAAAGGUCGUAUCACCCUUCCGGAUUUAAGUAUUUACGAAGGGGAAUUUUGUAAUGGUUUUUUCCACGGAAAAGGAUUUUUAAACGUGGCAUCUACGCCGGUUUUCUAUUCAGGUGAUUGGAAAAGUGAUCGGAAAGACGGAAAUGGUUGGAUUUUAUACGGCGCUGGUGAUUGGUACGAGGGGGAGUGGAAAAUGGACAUGCGCGAUGGAAAAGGUUGUAGAAAGUAUAAAAACGGCGCUAAAUAUAUAGGCGAUUGGGUUGAAAACAAAAAACAAGGCAAAGGAAAAAUGUUAUUCUAUAACGAUGACUACUACAACGGCGGAUGGUACGAUGAUAUGCUUCACGGUUACGGCGAAUAUACUUGGGAUUUAAUUGAUAAUAAAACGUUUUGUUUCCCUAUUUAUAAUUGGUACAAAGGGGCUUGGAAAAAUGGGGUUAGAGAAGGAAUAGGAAUAAUGAAUUUUGGUACGGAAUGCGGUGCAAAAUACGCGGGUACUUGGAGAAAUAACAUCAAGCAUGGUCCGGGAGUGAUGAUAUGCGGGAACGGUUUGAUUUUAGAAAGCAAUCCUUUAUUCGAAUACGAUAAACCAAUACAUAAAAAUUCUCAAAUAUCUCUCACGCAAUUGGGAGUAGAAAAUCGAUUUUCGGACUUUAUUAUACAAAAAUCAAGUUAUUAUGAUAUUUUGGAAUUAAUAAAUUCUCAGAUAGCUUGUGAUGAAUUGGAUGAAGUGAUUCUAGUUAAAAUAACAGUGAAAAGUCAAUAUAUACCUUCUAAUAUGUUCGUGAAAAUAAACAAUAGUAUUUCUGAUAGCAAGAAAAUUUGGUGUCCUUUGUAUAUACCGACGCAUACAACUGCCGAGGAUGUAGAUUUGAAAUAUUUUGUCGAUUUAAUUUUCGAAGAUAUUAAAAAUACUUCUGAAGAAAAUUUCACGAAAUUAUUCGAAGGAUUAAUAGAUCGACGUAGAAAAAGCAUAGUUCCAAGAUCCAGAAAUAGUAGUUUAUCCAAAUCGGUAGAUUAUAGUCCAGAACUAAAUGAUCCAUUAGAAAAAAUAAAGUUAAUAAAAGCAAAAGAACUGAAGAAAUUGAAAAAUUCCAUAAUCAUAUAUCUUCCAAAGCUAAAGAUGAUGUAUGAAAAAUAUGCAACAUUCGCCAAAUCAAAAUCAAUUUUAGGCGAUAUAAAUUUAGAUUUUAAACCGGUUUUAGUACGUUUUUUCUUAUGGCAAUUACUAAGAGAUUUACGAGUUACAGAAGAUGUAAUGGAAAAUCCACCUAAAUCUCAACAUACAGUGACAUUCGAUGAUACAAACGAAUAUAUAUACAGUUCUGAUUCAGCCGACAUUAUACAAAGUGAUGGAGAACCAACUCAAUCAAUAAAAACGAAUACCAACAAUUUAUCGAAAACGUCUAGCGCUUUAGGUAUUGGAUGUGACGGUGGGGAUAUGCAAAGUGCUUCUUCGAUAAGCACUAGCAUAUUAGACGAUGUAGAAGAAGUAAAAAUGCUUAAGAAAAAAAUCACAGAUCUCGAAAUUAAGAAUAAACUUUUAGAUAAUGAAGUUGAAAAAGUCAAUUUAUGUUUGAUAAAUGAACGAACAAAAACGACGAAACUUGAAAAAAAACUACAAUUCGUAAAAGAUAAUCAAGAUGUGUUCAUUAAAUUAAAAGAGGCAUACAUCAAUAUGAAAUAUAACGAAGCCGCCGGUAGAAAAAUGAUCGAAAUAAGAGAAAAAUCAAUACAAACUUGGGAGGGAAUUUUAUGUCGUAGUUGUAUCGACGCCGAACAAUGGAGAAGACAAUUAGAAAGCGUCCAAAAAACGUAUAAAGAUUCUUAUUUCAUCACCCCUUUACAGUUAGAACAAUUACUGAAUACGAUAAAAUAUUUAAAAGAAUUGAUAGAAAGGAGAGAAUCUUCUUGGUCUGGAAUUGCGGAGAGGUACGAAAAAAUCAAUGAACAACUUCAACGAUUAGAAAACGAAAAUCGAACUUUACACGAUUUACUCCAAAGUAAAGACGACAAAAUUCCCAUAGAAAUCGAUUUUGAGGCUAAUACUGACAUGGCUUUAUACAAAAAAAUUAUUGUCAAGUACGAAAAAAAACUGAGGGAGCUUGAAAAAAGCGGUAAUAGAUUGACUAAAUUCAAUAUAACGUUUAACGAGAAAGAAAAAAAGAUAAUACAGUAUUUAAUGUCGAAAUAUUUUUCGAGAUUGAAUGAUAAAGUUCAAGAAAAACAAAGAAGCCGAAGUACUUCUAGGUUAUAUAACGAAAGAUAUGGUAGAGGAAGUAGCAGGAAAACUGAAUCGGAAAUUCGUUAUAAUAUCAAAAGUUCCGAUAUGUACGAGGCGGGUGAAAUGGGAGACACGACUUUGAGAUUUAUGAAUUGCAUUAUCGAUUCGACUGAAGAUGAAAUUCCUCCGGUUACGAAACCCCAAAUAUAGAAAAAUAAAACUUUGAAUCGAAA